AUGCCUCCCUUGAAUGCGUCCUUUGAGGACGCGAUUCGUGUCACUCCCCAAGGCAAUAACAAGUACAGCGCCAAUCUUCGCAAUGAAUGGUGCAUUGGAACCGUCCCCCACGGCGGCUAUACAACGGCAGUCAUCUACAAUCUCGCCCUAGUACACUUCGCGCACGCCCAUCCAAAACAAUACGACACCCCCGCCGCCCCAAUCUCCCUCCAACUCGCCUUCCUCCGUCGCACAGCCGCCGGCCCGGCAACACUGGAAGUCGGAGACGUAAAGAUCGGCGCGCGAACGAGCACAAUCCACAUCAAACUCCUGCAACCAUCUGAGAAGAACCCCGCGCAACUCAGCGUCAACGUCGUCGGGUAUAUCACCGUCAGCCCGCCCAGCGCGGAGGUCGGUAUCAGCGCGCCAACGGGGUGGAAACCGUAUCCCGCCCCGCCACCAGGUUCCCUUCCCAAUGGGAAAAUCGAUCUGCCGACUCUCGCGCGCACGGGCAAGGACGGCGCUUGGAUAAAGCAUAACCCUCCCUUCCUUGAAUUCCGCCGCGCAGGCGCACAGCUCGAGCUCUUCGGGCCCGACAAGGACGUGGCUCGGGAGCAGCCCACGGGAUCCACGACUAUCGACCAGUGGGCUCGGUUCCGGCCUGGUGGGGACAAGAAUGGUCGUUGGACGGACGCGGCCGUUGUUUAUCUGUUGGAUAUGUUCCCCAAGGCGCUGGAUGGGUUCGAUACUUUGUCUGCGACAGCAGAGGCUAAUGCUAAGGGGGAGGCGGUGCCAGAGACCAAGGCUAGGUUUUGGUAUCCGACUGUUACGUUGAAUAUUGAUAUGAAGAAGCAUUUGCCUAAGGAGGGAGUGGAGUGGUUGUAUAGUCGGAUUGUGACUAAGGUUGUGCAGGGUGGGAGGACGGAUUUGGAUGUUACUGUGGUGGAUGAGAAUGGGGAUGUUAUUGCGAUGAGUACCCAGGUUGGACUCAUUGUGAGUGCGAGUCGUAAUGUCGGGUCGAGGAAGUUGGGGAAGUUGUAG